AAAAACAUACAGAAUUAUUAAGGUCUGGUGCAGCUAGGACAUUAGAAAGGCAAAGAGAAAAUAUGAUAUUACAAUUUGAUCAUUUUGCAGAAGAAAUAAACAGUACCACAUCAAAAAUCCAUGCUGAUGACAGAGCAAAGCUUCAGGAGAAGUUAAAUGAAGCUGAUACUGUUAAUGAUAAACUAAUUUCCAUGGAAACAGAUUUAUGCAAUAUGAAAAAAGCUCAACAAAGAUGUAAGCUUUUUAUUAAAGCAAAGGAGGCUUAUCAUGAAGUUGACAAGGUAGAAAUUAAGUUAGAAAACCUUAAAUAUGGUGUUAGUGUCAAUGAUUACACUUAUUAUCCUAUUGAAAACUGCAGGGAAAGACCAUUGGGAUCAUUAAGGAUGGGAAAGGAGCAAAAAUUUACAAAUGAGUUUACAGCAUUAACUGUUCGCGUUAUUUUAGAACUCAGAAUGGCAUGUCAAAUUCUAAAAGAAUUUCUAAGUUCUUGGAAAUAUUUCCUUCUAUUUGUUAUUCUACUGCUUGCAGUGUUGGGGAUAAAAGUAAACAUGGUUUAUAUACUUUUCCUUAUUAUUACCUUUGUUCCUUUGUCAAUGUUGAGGAUGAAUUCAUGGGUAGAUUCCUACCUUUCUGUUGGAUAUGACCUUGCAAAGAGUCUGUUGGUCAUAUGUAUCAAAGUGACAAUAUGGACUUAUAAAAUAUUACACUUGGACAAUGUGAAACACUGGUAUUUGUUUUGCAGCCUAAAUGAAUGGUAUAAACAAAAUCCCUCUACAUACAUCAGUGUUAAAACUAAAGACAAUGUUACAUGUAAUAUCACUGGAAUUUGCUUUCUUUCCCCAAUUCAUCUUGCUGCUGUUGACAACUAUAACUCAACUGUAAAACUUAUUGAUAUUGAACAAGAGAAAGUUAUAACAGAACUCUCAGUUGGAAAAAAAAAAGACUCUGAUCGUCCAUGGGAUGUGACAAAAAUAAGCAGUGAUCAGUUAGCUGUAACAAUUCCACAUUCUAAAACUAUCUGUUUCCUUCACCUGACAUGUUGCUUGGGUUAGACUUGAUCACAUUAUCCAAAGCAAGAACUGUGCCAGUUGAUUGUGCAUGCUAUGGCAUAGUUUAUCACAACAACAAAUUGAUAAUUUCAUGUAUUGGAGAUCCUUGUUCAGUUAGAAUGCUAGAUCUAGAUGGUAAUGUUCUACAAAGGUUUGAAGAGAAGUUGUUUCCUGGUCCUUAUUAUGUUAUCCUUGAUAAAAAUUGUAAUUAUAUGUAUGUUUCAAGCUAUGGAAAUGGGAAUGUAACUAGACUGUCAAUGGAUGGAACUGUUUUAGCAGUCUACAAACAUGAACAACUUAAAGAUGUAUUUGGAAUGACAAUAGAUAAAGCAGGGAAAGUGUAUGUUUGUGGUUAUAACAAUAUUUUUAAGUUGUCAGAGGAUUUAACUGAGGGUCACCAGGUACUGAAUGUUAACAGAAUAAACAAUAACAUUGCUUAUUGUGAAAAAACAAAUUCAUUCUGGGUAGCUUUUCAUGAUCAAGAUUAUAUAUCAAAUUAUAAUAAUCAAACAUUUUAGUUUAAUGCUAACUUAUCAUAAAUAGGAAAUACAUCCUAGAUUGGAAUACUCUUCCACACUGAUGUAUCUUGUGAUCUUUCAGACUGUUAAAUUAUCAGCUUGUAAUUUUCUUUAUAUAUUUAUUAAGUUUUCAAUCAAGUAAUUAUUUUAAUGUUGCUGUAAUCAAGUUGAGUUGGAGAGAGAAUAAUGGUGAUUAAUAUCAGUAUUAUUUACAUACAAUGAAGCUUUCACAAGUCUAUUCUUCCUGAUUUAUAAGAUUAUCUUUUUGAAGUUUUGCAAGUGUGCAACACUUACUUUUUAUCAUAGGUAUAUAAGUUCACUAAAGGUAAUAAAGAACAUGAUCAGUUAUAUUGUUUGAUACUUGUUUAAUGUUCAAUAAACAAUUUAAAAAAAACAUUAAAAGCAUUCAUUAUUUUCUAUUUCACAUACCAUACUUGUCGAUCUCAGCACUAAUGCAAAAAUUUGCAUGUUUAGUUACUUUUAGUUUACACAAGUAGCUUUUCAAGCCCUGGGAAUUAUUGCAUUUUGAGGUAUUUAACAAUAUUUUAUACAUUCUGUAUACCUUAUAGUUUUCAAAUACACAAAACAUUCAUUUUAGAAUGGAUAAAUACAUGUACAUAGGCUUAACUGUAGGGUAUUCUUGGCAAAGUGGUGAAGGUGGUUGACUUCCCCCCUCACCUCUGUUGGUUUGAAUCCUGCCAGGGACCUGUGAUUAAAUCAUGUGAGCAGGCUAUCCAGCUAGCUAAUGGAACCUCAGUGGUUCUACUCGGGUGCAUGUGUG